UUUCUUCUGAGACCUCUCUGCUCACAUAUUCUGGAAACAGGCUUUGCCUUUGAGAGACUCGGUCCUCGAAGUGCAGGGGGUGGAAGAGGAGGUGGAUUCACAGCGAGAGUCUGACUUAGGGCAAACAAACUGGAAGUUUUGAAUUGACAACACUGUGUUCACAACGAUAUUUUCAUUUGCUGGCAUGAGCCUAGCACUGGCCUCUGAGGAAUACAGGGUGCUGCAGACACAGAUGUAGGAAAUGCAGCAAGUGUCAACGUGAGAUUUCUGCCCUUGGAGUGCUGAGUUGUGAACUUACAAAUGAGACGAUGAAGUUAUAAGGAAGACCUUCAACUUGCCCUUCUUCAGGAGAAACCUCAGAUGCCUCUUUGCAACAACUGAACAUCCAGGUUAAGGAGAAGGAUGCGGAGACAGAGGUGAUAGUACCAGCUGCUUGGGUUGAGCAGCAGCUUUGGAUUGCCGUGUGCAGCUGGAGCGCACGAACAAACGGGAUGUUUUGUGGGGGCUUUUCCUCAUUGGAAUCAGCUCAGGGCUGUUAGUUUGGCAACAGUUAUUUUUAAUGAAAGACUGAAAAACAGAAGUUUUCACACUUUUAUUUCAUGUCCUAGUCUGACUUGCUUACGUGAGAAGCUGUGCCUCCUUUAUUCAUACUAAUCACACUGAAAGCUGACUGAAAGCCGUGGCAAGAUGUCCUGUCUGCUGGGUGCAGCGUGCUAGAAACUUUGAGGGUCUUGCAGCUUCAUGAAGUAACUGUCUUGUCAUUUUCAGUCCGUUAAGUACAACAGAUUUUCUUUUUUUCUUUCUAGUAAAACUAGCUAUUGGUUUCUGAGGAAAAGCACAUAUAACACAAAUAACUGCACUGCAUCCAUUUCCAGCUCUUUAAAUCUGCAUCCUUUUUAAAUCUUUUUUGGUAACAUUUGAAUUUGACAAAGAAAUUUUAUGUUCCAUUGACAUUUAAAAACAAAACCAGAGUGUCUCUUAUUGCAUUAGAAGAGUGUCAUUCUGAAGAGCUGAUUUCUUAAAUUUGAUAAAUAACUUGGUGAAGAUAGAGGGAUACACAUCCAUGUCUCAACGCCGUGUUUUAAGGGAAGGACAUGAAAGUCAUUUUAGGAUCCUACCAAGAUUCAUCCAGAUCCUUCAUGGCAGACGGCACUUGCGAAGUAACCAACGCCAAAUAUGCUCUGAUGAAAUCAUGCAUCAGGAUAUCAUUCCCCUUUAUGCUGCAGAUAUUCAGGACCAGUUAAAGAAACAAUUUGCUUACCUGUCAGGUGGAAGAGGAGGAGAUGGAUGCCCCGUUAUCACCUUUCCAGACUAUCCAGCUUUCAGUGAGAUCCCAGAGAAGGAGUUCCAGAAUGUCCUGACCUACCUGACGAGUAUCCCAAGUCUACGAGAUGCUGGAAUUGGAUUUAUUCUUGUCAUAGAUCGCAGACAGGACAAAUGGACCUCCGUGAAAGCUUCUAUACUGCGGAUAGCAGCAUCUUUUCCAGGAAACCUGCAACUAGUCCUCGUUCUGCGCCCAACAGGAUUUUUUCAUCGAGCACUCUCAGACAUUGCUUUCAAAUUCAACAGAGAUGAGUUAAAAAUGAAAGUACCUAUCAUAAUGCUGGGCUCAGUAUCAGAACUGCAGGGUUACAUUGAUAAAACACAAUUAACAGAAGAUCUUGGUGGCACUCUGGAUUACUGCCAUAACAGAUGGCUGUCCCGUCGCACUGCUAUAGAAGGUUUCGCUCAAAAGGUUAAGGAAACAGCUCAGAUUCUUCAGUCCUUUGGGACGGAGCUGGCUGAAACAGAACUACCAAAUGAUGUGCAAUCAACCAGCUCCCUUCUUGCAACACACACAGAAAAGAAAGACAAAAUGAAGGAGGAUAUCAAAUUAGCAGUAGAACAGGGAGAUGAUAUCCUUGGAAGUAUUACAAAACCAGUUACUGAGAAUCCUGAAUACAAACUGAAUCAAGAUCAGCUAGACAAUCAAACAACAGUAGAAAGGCUUCUGGCUCAAUUGCAUGAAACAGAGUCUGCCUUUGAUGAGUUUUGGAUUAAGCAUCAGCAAAAACUUGAGCAGUGUCUGCGCCUUCGGAAUUUUGAACAGAAUUUCAGAGAGGUCAAAGCAGCUUUGGAUAUUGUGUCCGAGAGACUGUCUGCUUUCACGGAUGUGGGAAACAGCUAUUCACAUGUGGAGCAUAUUUUGAAAGAUCUUGCCAACUUUGAAGAAAAAUCACAUGAAACUAUAGCAAAAGCCAGAAUGCUGGCCUCAGAGGGUGAUGAAUUUAUUCAAAGCAAUCAUUAUGCUGUGGAUUCUAUUAUUCCAAAAUGCAGUGAACUUCAUCAUCUCUGUGAUGUCUUCACCACUGCAGCAGAAGGGAGGAGGAACCUUCUUAACAAAUCUCUAGAACUGCAUGGCUUACUAGAAAAGUCUAUGAAGUGGUGCGAUGAAGGAAUUUAUCUGCUGGCUUCGCAGCCUGUAGAUAAGUGUCAGUCUCAGGAUGGUGCAGAAUCAGCAUUACAGGAGAUUGAGAAAUUCCUGGACACUGGUGCAAGCAAUAAAAUCAAAGAGUUGAAUAAAAUUUACAGAGAGUAUGCACAUAUCCUCAAUGAGGACCUAAAGGAGCAUGUGCAAAAGGUUUUCCAGAAGCAAGAAAGUAUGGAAGAAAUGUUUCAAAAGAGACAAGUAAGUCUUAAGAAGCUGGCAGCUAAGCAGACACGUCCUGUUCAGCCAGUUGCACCAAGACCUGAAGCUUUUGUAAAAUCACCUUGUACCUCUCCAGGUCUUCAAAGAGAAUACAUACCCAACUCUGAAAGCAGUGCACUCCGAAGGGUAAACUACAGAAGAGGAAAGAGUGAAAUGACUGAACUUCAUCAAAGCAGAGGAGGCUCCACAAUGGAUGAUGAAGAAAAUCUAGCUGUGUUACGACAGCAUGUGAUUAAUGAACUUAUUGAGACAGAACGAGCAUAUGUGGAAGAACUUCUCUGCGUUCUUGAGGGUUAUGCUGCGGAGAUGGAUAACCCCUUAAUGGCUCACCUCAUUUCACCAGAACUCCAAAAUAAGAAGGAUAUCUUGUUUGGGAAUAUGGAAGAAAUUUAUCACUUCCACAACAGAAUAUUUUUGAGAGAACUAGAAAACUACGUAGAAUACCCAGAACUAGUAGGACGGUGCUUUCUGGAUCAGAUGGAAGAUUUCCAGAUUUAUGAAAAAUACUGUCAAAAUAAACCUCGAUCUGAAAGUCUAUGGAGGCAGUUUUCAGAUUCUGUAUUCUUUCAGGAAUGUCAAAGGAAACUUGAUCACAAGCUCAGUUUGGACUCAUACUUGCUGAAACCUGUUCAAAGAAUAACCAAAUAUCAGUUAUUGCUAAAGGAAAUGCUGAAGUACAGUAAGAACUGUGAAGGUGCUGAAGAUCUUCAGGAGGCAUUAACUUCUAUACUGGGUAUUCUCAAAGCAGUUAAUGAUUCUAUGCACCAGAUAGCCAUUACAGGCUACGAUGGAAACCUGAAUGAGCUAGGCAAACUCUUAAUGCAGGGAUCUUUCAAUGUCUGGACUGAUCAUAAAAAGGGUCACUCGAAGGUGAAAGAUUUGGCACGCUUCAAGCCAAUGCAGCGCCACCUCUUCCUCCAUGAGAAAGCAGUGCUGUUCUGUAAAAAGCGAGAGGAAAAUGGGGAGGGAUAUGAGAAAGCACCUUCUUAUAGCUACAAGCACUCCUUAAAUAUGGCAGCAGUUGGAAUAACAGAGAACGUCAAAGGUGAUGCAAAAAAAUUUGAAAUCUGGUAUAAUGCAAGGGAAGAAGUUUACAUUAUACAGGCACCAACCCCUGAAGUAAAAGCUACCUGGGUAAAUGAGAUAAGAAAAGUGCUGACGAGUCAACUGCAAGCAUGCAGAGAAGCUAGUCAGCACAGGACACUAGAACAAACACAGAGUUUACCUCUACCAGCAUCAUCUUGUACAAGUCCUUCACGCAACCAUAUUAGAAACACCAAAAAAAUGGAGGAGAGAAAAGUUGAUCUUGCAAGUCUAGAAGGUUAUGGAACCACAGCAGCACCCAAGUACCCAGAGAAAGGCAAAGAAACUCCACCUCCUUCUGCUAAAAGCCAGACAUUGCCAAUGAUCCUUCUUACAGGACCAGCUUCUCCUACCAGUCCUGACAAAAAAGCUAAACGACAUGAAGUAGUGAGUGACCCAACUCCUUUUGGUUUAAGAGGUUGGGCUAAAACCUCUCAUUCUCUUGAUGCAUCUGAAGAAAAUGACGGCUGGUCUAGUGCUGAAGAUCCACUGAAUUCCUCAGAUGCGGAGGAAGAAGGAGGAGGAGGGGGAGGCGAGAUGAAGCUGACUCCUGGUAAAUACACAGUUGUGACUGAUUAUGAGAAAGGAGUUUCUGAAGAAUUUACAGUGAAAAGUGGAGAUGUAGUUCAACUGAUUCGUGAAGGAGAGGAUGGACUUUGGUAUGUAAAGAACCUGAGCACUGGUAGAGAAGGUUGGAUCCCAGCAAACAAUCUCCUGAUGCUCAUAGGCAAUUCAAAAUCGGCUCAAUCUUUAAGCAGCUCUGAAUCAGGGACUGCCUCCAGCACUUUGAGCACAUCAUCAAGUUGCAGUGAUAGCAAUGCCAGCAGCACCAGCUUCUCGGACAUUAAGGGCUGACACUAAAUAUUCACCUCAAUGGAAGGUUCUCCCAGAAGAUCCCAAUGAAAAGUGCAUGGAAUGUGAAAUAGUAAAUAAAAAAUAAACAGUUUGAAAUAGGAUCUUGUAGAGGCUUCUGCUCUGAAAUCUGAAGCUGCAGAGCUGUUAGCAUGAAACACAUUUUCUCCCUUGAUCCACAAUCAGAUUUCUGCAGAACUGUGUCAUUUUGUAAGAGCCAGAAUAUGAAUGUGAGCAAACAAAAUGUGUUGGGUGCUAAAUCCUCAGUGCAAACUAAUUACAGAGCAAUCACUGUGCAGGAUACAUAUGAGGAAAGUAAAUACAAGUUUACAAUUUAUCCUCCCUGAAGAAACCCUGUCUCCAAGGUCUUAACCUCAGUCAGUGCAGUGAAUGGGACUCUUAGAGCAACCAGGAAGGAGGUUUGAUCCAGUCCUUUCUCUUCUCUUGGGUCUCCAGGAUAUUCCUCUCCCCAGAGGCAGACAUUGGCCAAUUCACUGACCACAACAGCAUAAAAAAAUCCUAUUCUUUUAUCCUUUCCAACCUUUUAAUCAAUGGUGCAAUGGAAUACCUAUUUUCUGAGGUAUUUUGGCCUCACAACCAAAUUCUUUACCAAGAUCACUGUGUUUACAUAACCUUGACAAUUUAGUAGUGUCUGUUUUCCUCACAGGGGUGCACAAUAAACUCAAAUGUUCUUAUUCACUAAAACAUUUCUUAAUAAAUGGUAAUGGCACGGUUACCUUCAGCUCUCACAAUUAACAUGCAUUUAGAGGCAGAGGAAACUACUGUGGCUGCAUUCUGGGUCAAGAGCAUUCCUUCAGACAAACCUAUGAGGGAUAGAAAUCAGACAUAAUUUUAGUCAAUAGUCUUUGUUGCAAAUUUAUUCCAAGAGUAAGAAAACAAUGACAUAAUUUUUCUAUAAAAGGAGAGCACAGGAGAAAAUAAAUCUGUAUUACAGAAGAGUCAGAUUUAUGCUACAGACAAGUACUUUAAUUUUUUUAAAGAAGUGAUGCUAAACUUGCCAUUUUCCAAAGUAUGAUGUAAGCCAACGUUGUAAAUUUCUAUAAUCAGGACAUUCUUUGCAUGUCAUCCUUACAAACAGUCCAAAACUAUGUGCAUGUAUGGAAUAUUGUAUUAAUUCCUAUCCGUCUCUCAAAUGUUUUUUACCUAUGUGGAAACAGGUUUUUAACUGAUUCAUGUACUGUAUUACUUCAAAAAGAACGUGGACAUUAAGAGCAUAAUUUUUCAGGAGCACUAAGCACAGCAGAUGAUGUCAACGGGAGCUGCUGUUAGUCAUCAGAUCCUCUGACAACUGAGCCCUGAAGUUCUAUCUUUAUGCCAGAAUUUGAUAUUUUCGAGGCUGCAGCUUAGAAAACUUAUGCAACAGAUAGGUCAAAGGAUGAUCUUACUCUUGGGUUUCAAAAGCAACCCUGCUCCAGAUGCAAUCAAAAUGCAGCUGACUCUGUAGUCAGUACAAACUGAAACAUAAAUAUGCACACGCAUGUGUAUGCGCAUACAUAUGUGCAUGUAUGUGCUUGUGUGUGUAUAUAUGUGCGUGUAGAUAUGUAUAUGUGUGUAGAUAUAAUGUAUCAAUGUAAAAGAUGUAUUUAUAGUCUUCAUGCUGCUGAAUGUGUCACUUUACAAUUCAUAAAUACUUAGGUUUCUUGCAAUACUGCAAUAUAAAGGCUGAUCAGGGUUUUACUUCAGGCAUCUUUUCCAAUGCAGAAAUCCUCUGAUCUGUUUUUUUAUCCCAUAUAAUACUGUGCUGACCAGGAAUAUUUAGUCUGAUAUUUAACAAUGGAAUGGCAACAUGAGAUUCAGCUUAUCUUCGUCUAUGUAAGUUAUUUUGUAAAUUAUCUGUAACAUAAUUUACUUAUAUAUUGAUGUCAUUGCCAGGAGGAGACUGUCCUUUCACUUUUCACUGCAGCCUUGUUUGUGUUAUUUCGAUGGUUUUCCCCACGUCAUUGCACUUUAAUACAACCCAUUUCACCAUUUCCCUUUUUUACUGCUGUUGUGAAUUAAAAGUUCAAAGUCAGAGGUCUCUACUGUAAUUAAUUUGAAUAAAUUUCAGCACUUCUUACUGAAUGCCUUUA